ACCAUUCUUAUGAAUCACAGCCGGAAGCGCGGGAAAUUUUGACAACAACGUGUGGCCUGAAAAGUAAUUUGCAGUUUGCAACAAAACUAUCUAUACUGAGCAGAUAUGGCGUCAGAGUUAUUGGACCAAGAUUUUGCUGAACUGCGAAGACAGAACUUGGCAGAUAAUGAGCUAAUACUUCAGCAGAUCAAGGCUGACUUGAAGAAACUGAUGCCAGUGAAACCAAAACUGGCAAUACCGAAGUCAGCCAAACCAAAGGAAAAGCGGAUGGCUGUUCCCGUUGAAGUUCGGAGAAAUCCAUCCCGUGUUGCGCGUUUUUCACCUCCGCGCACGAGGUCUAGAAGAGGAUCUGUGUCUUCAGAAGCUUCCAGUUCUUCAUCAACAGUUAGCUCCCCUGAUAGGAUGAUUGUGAAGUUUGGAUUUUUUGGACGGCAAACAGAUGGUUCAGAUACAGCAUCCAUGGACGAUCUGGAUGACGAUGAUAUGCCACCAGCGAAGAAGCGUAUUAUUACUAUCAGGGAUACAAGAUCUGCUGAUGAUAUUACUGAAGAGGAUCUAGAAAUGGUCGCUGUUCAUGUCAGGGAAAAAAGAUACGACAGCCUUUAUGGCUCCACAUGCCAUCAGUGUCGCCAGAAGACUGACGAUUUGAAAACUAUAUGCAGAUCAGAGGAAUGUUACGGUGUAAGGGGACAGUUCUGUGGACCAUGUCUGAGGAACCGCUAUGGAGAGGAUGCCAAGGAAGCUCUAAAAGACCCUAACUGGAUUUGUCCACCCUGCCGACGCAUAUGUAACUGCAGUUUUUGCCGUAAACGUCAGGGGAAGUCGUGCACCGGUAUACUGAUCCAUCUAGCAAAGGAGCAUGGAUAUUCAAAUGUUAAUGAUUAUCUUCAAAGCUUGAGACAGAAGGUGGCAUCUUAAAAACAGUUUGCUGACGUUGCUGAGGUUGGAAGUCCAGUACACAGUUUACCGCUAUUGCUUAUUGAGAUACGGCUGAUGUUUACUGUUGAUAUACAGUCCAGCACAUGUAUGUUAGGGUUUACACAGGCCUUGAAUUUGGUGCUUUAAACAGUCCUUGAAAAGUCCUUGAAUAUGAUGCUAGUCCUUGAAAAUACCUUAAGAAUAUGUAAAGCCUGAAAAAACUUAGAGAAGUGCUUGAAUUUUGAAAACAACUUCUUGAAUUUCUCCCAAAAUCUUUGAAAAACGUUUGAAGUCAGCAAUACGCAUUUUGGAAUGAACAGAUUUAAAAAAGGAAUGUAAAGGAAGAAGAUAAUAUGAAAGAAAAUACGGUAUUUCCUUGUAUGUAAUUUGUGGUCUAUGAAAAUGUUUUAUUGUAGUGCAGAGUGCAGUUUCUGAUAUAUCACAAUUGAAUUGUUGGAAAUAGUUGAUAAAAGUGCAGACUGAGAUUUCAGGAAAUGGUUUGGAGAAAAAUAGUCCUUGAUACAGAUUACAGUGAACAAGUACAUGUUAAGUCCUUGAAUUUUGACUCAUUAAACAUGUAUGGGCUGUAGAAUGAUGAGACGUUCUAGAAAAAGACAAAACAUUUAGCUGUCCUGUUCACAUUUGUGGAAAUUUUUGCACAGUCUGCAAUUUGUCUAUGAAAGAUAUUGAAGUUAAGUUUUUGUACCCCCCCGACAACAAAGUUGUAAGGGGGGGUAUACUGGUUUCAGGUUGUCUGUCUGUCUGGCCGUCUGUCCGUAGACGCAAUCUUGUGCGCACCAUCUCUCCUUAUCCCCUUGACAGAAUUCAAUAAAACUUCACACAAGUGAUCAGUACCAACAGUAGUUGUGCAUGGGGCAUGUUAGGUUCUUUUAGGAAAAAAAUUUGCAGAGUUAUGGGACUUUGUUUUAUGUUGCUAUACUAUAUACAUAGACACAAUCUUGUGCGCACCAUCUCUCCCCAUCCCCCUUACACAAUUUAAUGAAACUUCACACAAGUGAUCAGUACCAACAGUAGUUGUGCAUGGGGCAUGUUAGGUUCUUUUAGAAAAAAAAUUUGCAGAGUUAUGGGACUUUGUUUUUUUGUUACUAUACUAUAUACAUAGACACAAUCUUGUGCGCACCAUCUCUCCUCAUCCCCUUGACACAAUUUAAUGAAACUUCACACAAGUGAUCAGUACCAACAGUAGUUGUGCAUGGGGCAUGUUAGGUUCUUUCAGAAAAAAAAUUUGCAGAGUUAUGGGACUUUGUUUUUUUGUUACUAUACUAUAUACAUAGACACAAUCUUGUGCGCACCAUCUCUCCUCAUCCCCUUGACACAAUUUAAUGAAACUUCACACAAGUGAUCAGUACCAACAGUAGUUGUGCAUGGGGCAUGUUAGGUUCUUUCAGCGACAAAAAUUGCAGAGUUAUGGGACUUUGUUUCUUGUUAACAUACUAUGUACAUACAGUCUGCAUAUGCAAUCUUGUGCGUGCCUAAUCUACCAAACCCUUACACACAAUUUAAUGAAACUUCACACAAGUGAUCAGUACCAACCCUAGUUGUGCAUGGUGCAUGUUACAUUCUUUUAGAUAAAUAUUCUGCGUAGUUAUGGGACUUUGUUUUUUGUUACUAUACUGUAUAAUACAUACAGUCUAUAUACAUACAGUCCACAUAAUUAUGCAAUCUUGUGUGCGUCAAAUUGCAAUGUACUGUGUCAGUGCAUGCGGGGGGUACAUUCAUCACCUUUAGUGAUAGCUCUAGUUUGAAGUAGCACACAUUUUUUGCUUGCCUACCUAUUGAGGUAAGACAUUGAUAUCCCGGAAAUAGGUAAACUUCUGUGUCUGUACCUUUUUCGUAUGGAAAAGACAAACUACAUGCAAGCACUGUGACAUCAUGAUUUUGAUGUCAUAAACUACAUGUGUGAUUUUAUAAUUUAUGGUAACUUUAAAAAUUGCUCGGUUGUAGGCAAGAAAACUUACCUUACAUUUCUGCCUGUGUCAGACAGGUUUUUUUUUUACCAUACGGACAGCAUGGGUAAGAAAAUCACAUGUGCUGUGUUUCUCUUUCCCCGCUGUCCCUCGGGUUGGCAAACCUGUCCUACAUAGGCUGACAUGUAAGAUCAUGAUAAUUUUUACAAAGAAUAGUACUAGCAUUUUACAUAUUAAUGUGCUUUAUAAGACAUUUUUACUUUAGUUAGUCUCUGUGUAAUAUAGAAUGUAUAUUGAAAAUAGUUCUAUAAUUAUCUUGCUGUAUGGAUUAUAUACUUGUAUGUACAUUGAACAUAGUUUUAUAUACUCUUGCAGAAAGCUCUGUGUGGUUGAUUUAUUUGUAUGUUCAUACUCUUGCUGUAAGCUCAAAUGAAAUUUUGUUUAUAGUUAUUUGUUAAAUUUUGCUUUUAACAACAAUGAAAUUGUUUUUUAUCUGUUCUUUGUUAAAAUUUGAUCAAAAUGAUGAAAUAUGGUCCUUGUUGGUCCAAGUAUUUGCAAUGUUUGUUUAAGCUGUGUAAAUUACCAGUUACUUCAUACACACACACACACAUAUAUAUAUAUAUAUAUAUAAUAUAUUUUACAUAUGUUCUACAUACUGUGAAAUUGUUGAUUUUAGCAAGGGAUUGUCACGGUUCAGUCAAGCCAUAAAAUCAAAUCCUAUCGAACAAGUAAAAUUUCCAAUAGUCCAGUGCUCAAAAAUUAAAAAAUUUGAGCCACGCCAUGAGAAAACCAAGAUAGUGGGUUUGCGACCAGCAUGAAUCCAGACCAGCAUGCGCAUCCGCGCAGCCUGGUCAGGAUUCUGUUCGCUGACAAAGCCUGUUGCAAUUAGACAAACCGUUAGCGAAUAGGAUGGAUCCUGACCAGACUUUUGUGGAUGUGCAGGCUGGUCUAGAUCCAUGCUGGUGGCAAACCAACUAUGUUGGUGGCAUCUCGCUGAUUUAGGGGUGAGCCUCACUCUUGACGUUGAACUCUUCAUACUAGAAAGCCAUCCAGCUGGCUUAAGGAAUGUUGGCAGUUCUACAAAGCCGCCUGCCUGGGAUGAAAUAAUGCACAGAGGAAGCUGGAAAAUCACAAUAUGACUUCAAAUUGUGUCAGAGUGAUGUCAGACCUAACAAACAAAAAACAAAUUCUUAUCAUCAGGAAAAAGUCAUUUUUGCCAUAAUGAGAAAUUUACUGCCCACGAAAUUAGAUGAUUUCACAGUGUGUGGAAUGAUGCCCAUUCUAAGACAGUUUAUGCUUUUAUGAAUUCAAUAAAUCUUGAAAGAAUGUAAGUAGGACUGCAUGGAACCAAUUUAUGCAUAACUCUGCAUCAUAUAUAAUUGUUUUUGUUUACAUGAAAAGGGAGACUGUUUACAAACUUUUGUGAACCUUGUAUGUAUUUACUGCUAAGAAAGGUAUAGGUUAUUAUUAUAAUUUUUAGGGCUGUAAUGAGUGUCAGAAUACUCGAAUAUCCACAAAUCUGACCAAAUGUUCGAGUACAGAUAUUCGUCAUUGUCGAGAUGGUUGGAUUGCGAUCUUUUUCAUUAAUACAUGCAAUGUUAAAAAUAUAAGUUGUUCCUGGUGAUCCGUGGUUCGAUCUGUGAAUCAUCGGGCCCGACUCGCAGAUUGGAUCAGAUCGCCACUUGUCCGACGAUCAACAGCCCUAAUAAUUUGAGGAGUGAACUUUUACAACAUCAUCCCAAUUGCAAAGCAUUGAAUCAGACUCUAAAAUAAAGAUAUAUUUUUGUACUUUUUAGCUCACCGGAGUUUUUCCUGGUAAGCUUUUAUGAUCAUUGAAUGCCUGUCCUUUUUCAAGGAAUAGAGUGUCAGAGAAGGAGCACAUAAUGCCUUAACCUGCUCCAGGUUCUCUCCCCUUGACCAAUCAGUCUGCUCCAGGUUCUCUCCCCUUGACCCAUCAGUCUGCUCCAGGUUCUCUCCCCUUGACCCAUCAGUCUGCUCCAGGUUUUCUCCCCUUGACCCAUCAGUCUGCUCCAGGUUCUCUCCCCUUGACCCAUCAGUCUGAUCCAGGUUCUCUCCCCUUGACCAAUCAGUCUGCUCCAGGUUCUCUCCCCUUGACCCAUCAGUCUGAUCCAGGUUCUCUCCCCUUGACCCAUCAGUCUGCUCCAGGUUUUCUCCCCUGACCCAUCAGUCUGCUCCAGGUUCUCUCUCCUUGACCCAUCAGUCUGCUCCAGGUUCUCUCCCCUUGACCCAUUUGUCUGCUCCAGGUUCUUUCCCCUUGACCCAUCAGUCUGCUCCAGGUUCUCUCCCCUUGACCCAUCAGUCUGCUCCAGGUUCUCUCCCCUUGACCCAUCAGUCAGCAAUGUGCAGAUCUUGUAAUGGAUUCAAAUAGGAGAUUCAUAGAUUUUGGCCUCACCUUCUUGCAGAAGCACUAAAGUACUGGAACAUAAAGUUGACGAGAUCUUCACAACAAUUAUUAAAUGCAAAAUUCUUUUUAGUAACAUUCUGUAUCAAAAUUCUAAAAUGAUGGUAAUUUAUACUGGUACUAAAAUGUAUGAAUAAAUGCACUGACAUCAUUGUCUUUCUACAUCAACAUAUUCCCUAUUAAAGCAUUCAAUCUGAAACCACCAGUUGGCACACCGAGGUUGAUCUGUAGCAUCUUGGCGUGAACUUUGCUGAAGUUUGUUCAAACGCAAUCAGUUAUUUUGAAGUUGCUGGAAUGAACUAUGCGCAAUUUAUCAUGAUCGGCUUAAUAGACAUUUUACCAAACAUGGUAUGUAGCAUCCCUGUAUGGCAAGGUCAAAAGGUGAAGGUAUUCCUCAGGUGGGCCACUUGGGCCUCUUGUCGUUUUAAAGAUCUUGUUUUAAUACAUGUGUACAUCACCUUGUAAAAUGAUUUUCCAUGUAAUUAUGUAUCCCACACCACUCUGUGGUGGGAGACAUUGAUUUACUCCUGUCUGUGCGUGUGUUUAUAUCCGUCCGUCUGUCACAAAUCUUGUCUGUACUCUUUAAGUCAAAUCUUAUCCAGUCUUCACCAAACUCGAACAAAAUGUGUUUGCCAGUAAGUCCUCAGCCAAGUUUGAUAACUAGCCAAAUCGGCUCAGGCACUUCGGAAUUAUGGCCCCUGAAACAUUGCUUUUGAUAAUCAAAGCACUGAAAGUGUGAUUGUGCUGUAUCGAAGCACUGAAAGUGUGAUUUGGUUGUAUCAAAGUACUGAAAGUCUGAUAGGGUUGUUUUUGAUAAAGCACUGAAAGUCUGAUUGGGAAUUCAGAAUAUAUAGGAAGUAGGGUUUACUCUCCAACAUUUCUCAUCCGAUCUUGUACUACUAUUCAGAUGAUAUGGCAGGUGUGGGAGACAUGCACUUUUCUCACAAGCAGCUCUAGUUUAAUAUAUGAUUUUACAAAUUUUUACUUGAUGAAGAUAUUUUGUAUAUAUUGAUACAUGUAAUGUAUGAUUUACAUUAGGAUUAAAUUUACUUUCAAGUGUGUAUUGCAAUACACAGGUAAUUCUGUAAUAUGACCUGUAGUUGUGAACGUUUUUGGUGUUAUAUAUAGCAGCUGAGAAGUACUAAGUACUUUUUAUCACAAGGAACAGCAAAUAUUUGUUGCUGUGAAAGGUUGAAAUUUAUUCUUUUGGCAGAGUGAAGUAAAGUACGGUUAAGAAGAAGUGUUUUGGUCAUUUGUGACUCAAGUUGACGCGUGUUGUUCCCAGGUAAAAUGAAAUAAAUUUGUAUCAUUCAUCAUUUUGAAGGUUGUAUAGUUUAAAAAGGAUUCUUGAAUAAUUUUGAACAGCGACCUCAAACGUUGGAUGUAAAUUGGGACUUGUUGGAAAAAAAACUGAUUUUAUGGUUGAUAAAGUAUGCAAACUAGAAUCAAUGUUAAUCUUUUAUUGUUAAAACUUUUUAUCAUGAAAACUUUUUUUACCAUUUUGUGUUCAUUGUUCAUUUACAUUAACCAUUAAAAUAUACUACUUA